AUGUCUUCAACCAUUGAAUCUGGAUUCCACCUUGCAGAUAGCAAAGGCUACAUGCUUGGCCGAGGCCAUGCAGCCGCAUGCCGUCUUAACUUUCAGUUCUAUUUGUGGAAAGAGUCCCUCCAGUUCAACAUCCACCCCUCGAUCCCGAUACCUUCAGCUCCAGCCAUCGCAGAUGUUGGCACCGGAACCUCCAUUUGGCUCCUUGACGUUGCUCGUUCCGCUCCAGACGCCACACUAGAUGGCUUCGACAUUGACCUCUCCAAUACUCCACCCGCACAAUGGCUACCAAAAGGUCUCACACUGCACAAUUGGAGCGUAUUCGACCCCGCGCCGGAGAAUCUGGUGGGAAAAUAUGACGUUGUUCACCUCCGCCUCCUCAUUCUUGUGGUGGAAAACAGCGACCCCGUACCGGUUAUUCGAAACGUCGCCCGUCUGCUCAAGCCCGGAGGAUAUAUCCAAUGGGACGACCUCAACUAUCCCGAUACCCAUGUUGAAAAGGCAGACAGCACGAGAGAGACACCGGCUUUUGACCGGUUGCGCCAGUUCGUGUACUCAAGCGGUCGCCAUGAUUGGGUCAUGAAUUUGGCAAGUAUCUUGGAGCAGAAUGGGUUUACAGGAGCGCAUCUUUACCACUUUCGGGAUCGAUGCGAUCUUAUCACUGCAAAUGGAGAGCAGCAUCUGGCGACAAUGGAAGAGUUUGCAAAGUCUCUCGAUAAGAAGUCUAUGACCGAAGAUGCGGCGAAUAUUAGGAAGUUGCUUGAGGAUGUCGAGGAUGAAGCUAGGCAUGGUGUGGCGCUUUCUAUGCCUCGAGUUGUGGCGGUGGCCCAGAAACCUGGAACACCAUCCCGUUGA